GUCCGAUCCUUCCAUGAUUGGUCACAGGAGACGCACGAAUUAUGACCCGCGUCGCAACCAACCACCAGGGGGCGAUCAAGACGCUUUAGCUACGUGUCACGUCGUCCAUCUUCGUAUCGCCUUCCUUUACUCUUUACUGUUUACUUUGUACUUUUUCUGAUUAUACUCAACUUUUACUUACGUAUGAAUUGCAACGAGGGACUUUAAGUUGUAAGAGCGGAUUUUCUAAACACUGUCAGUUUAAACCAACAUUAAUUUAAACAAAAAAACGCAUGGUGACACAUCCUCUCAAUAGACGAUCUUUGUUACUACAGCUCCCCCCCCUCUCUCUCCUCCCACUCCCUGCUCCUCUCUCUCUCUCUCUCUCCUUCUCCCUAUCCCUCUCUCUCUCUCUUCACGCGCACUCCUCCCUUCCACACACGGUAAAAAAAGGAAAAACCCUGCGCGAGGCGGCCACCGGAGCGCGAGGUGUAUUCGUGCCCGUGCCCGCUGUCUCCAGUCAACAUGGCCACAAUUGUAACCUGCACCCGGUUCACUGACGAAUAUCAGCUGUUCGAGGAACUCGGAAAGGGCGCCUUCUCGAUCGUGCGUCGAUGCAUCAAGAAGUCCACCGGCCAGGAGUAUGCUGCGAAGAUUAUCAACACGAAAAAGCUCUCAGCCCGAGAUCACCAGAAGUUGGACCGAGAGGCGAGAAUCUGCCGUCUGCUGAAACAUCCAAAUAUAGUACGACUCCAUGACAGCAUCUCAGAGGAAGGCUUCCAUUACCUCGUCUUUGACCUUGUCACUGGAGGAGAGCUGUUUGAGGACAUUGUUGCGAGGGAGUAUUACAGCGAGGCCGAUGCCAGCCACUGCAUCAAUCAGAUCCUGGAGAGCGUCAGUCACAUCCACCAGCAUGACAUUGUGCACAGGGACCUCAAGCCGGAGAACCUGCUGCUGGCCAGUAAGAUGAAGGGAGCAGCGGUGAAGCUCGCAGACUUCGGUCUCGCCAUCGAGGUGCAGGCGGAACAACAGGCCUGGUUUGGUUUUGCAGGAACUCCAGGAUAUCUGUCUCCAGAGGUGCUGAGAAAGGACCCGUACGGCAAACCAGUCGACAUAUGGGCAUGUGGUCAGUCAACCAGGAUCAAUGCAUGUAUGUUGCCACAACUAUCCUUCACACGUAAAUUUGUUCAUAGAGAAUGUGUGUGUGUGUGUGCGUGUGUGUGUUUGUGUGCGUCAGGUGUGAUCCUGUACAUCCUGCUGGUGGGCUACCCUCCCUUCUGGGACGAGGACCAACACAAACUCUACCAACAGAUCAAGGCUGGUGCUUAUGACUUUCCUUCUCCAGAGUGGGACACGGUGACGCCUGAGGCCAAGAAUCUGAUCAAUCAGAUGUUGACGAUCAACCCGGCCAAGAGGAUCACUGCCGACCAGGCCAUCAAGCAUCCCUGGGUCUGCCAACGCUCCACUGUGGCCUCCAUGAUGCACCGUCAAGAGACUGUGGAAUGUCUCCGCAAGUUCAACGCCAGGAGGAAACUUAAAGGAGCUAUCCUCACAACAAUGCUGGUGUCCAGGAACUUUUCAGUGGGACGACAGCACACCAGCCCUGCCGCUACCACCAGCACGGCCGCAAUGGCAACGGAAGCGUGCAAAUCUUUACUAAACAAAAAGUCGGACGGUGUGAAGUCGCAGGGAGACAGCAGUAAAAACAGUGUAGUCAGCAGCAGCAGCACCAAAGACAGCAGCAUGUCAUCUUCAGCACCAAUGGAAGCCCAGACAACUGUGGUACACAACCCAGCUGACGGCACCAAGGGCUCCACAGAGAGCUGUAAUAACGCAGAAGAGGAGGACAUGAAAGGUAGGAAAGUGGCUGCUGUCUGUCUUUCCACUAGUACAGACAGUGCAGUGUUAAGCCAGUGCAGCACUGUUGAGGAGCAGACCCCGACCCUGUCUCCUCGCUGCCCACCACCCACCUCUCGCAAACAGGAGAUAAUAAAGAUGACAGAGCAGCUGAUUGAAGCCAUCAACAACGGGGAUUUUGAGGCUUACACGAGAAUCUGUGACCCUGGACUCACUUCCUUUGAGCCUGAAGCUUUGGGAAACCUGGUGGAGGGAAUGGACUUUCACAAGUUCUACUUCGACAAUCUUCUGAGUAAAAACAGCAAGCCGGUGCACACCACCAUCCUCAACCCCCACGUGCAUCUGAUCGGAGAGGACGCCGCCUGCAUCGCCUACAUCCGCCUGACGCAGUACAUGGACGGCCAGGGCCGGCCGCGCUCCUGCCAGUCGGAGGAAACGCGCGUGUGGCAUCGCCGCGAGGCCAAAUGGCUCAAUGUGCACUUUCACUGCUCAGGGGCACCGGCGGCACCGCUGCAGUGAACCGACAACCCAGGCUCAGCUUUGCCUGAACUCUAAAGCUGUUUGGAGCAUUUAUUCUCCGUGGCCGGAUCGGCACCUGGAUCGUGGCCGGGAACGAGGCUGCUUGGAAAGUUGUAAAAAAAAAAAAAACACAAAAGAGGGGAAAAUAUAUUAUCAGAAAAAUAAGCCAAACCAAAAAAGAGCAAAAACAAAACAAGUAUCUAUAUCAAAAGCUUGACUGAGUGACCGGCCAACACCAAUCCAGUCCAAACCCUAGUUAGAUGAGGCCGGGGCCCGGCUGACGUGGGCCCCUCCUCGCAGGUGGUGCAUGCUUCUGGUGGCAACACAGGGGUGGUGCUGUCCUGGUCCUUUUCUCCCACGGCCUUUUAUUCCCCCCCCUCUUUGUUCUGUCCGCUGUCUGGAAAAGUAUUAUCAUGUUUUUAAAAAAAAGUUAUUUAUACACUUCACACACAUAGUGAAUAGGACUGAGGGGUGGUCAAGUAUAAACCGUGGAUUUGUUUGUGUGUUGAGGGAGCAGCCGAAUGUCGACUUUGAUAGAAGUGUGGUUUGUUUUGCAGUUACCGGGGGGGGGUGUGUGUGUGGUGGGGUUAAUGGAAACGAGGGGAUAUUAAAAGGUAACACCCAUUUCAAGUGUCGGGUUCGACACGAGGUUUAAAAAGGGGUUUAGUGAUGUUACUGAAGGGACCUUUGUUCUUAUUUUGACUUUUUGUAUUGUGUCAUUAAACUGUUUGAUUUUUAUCGUCUGACUUAUGAAUUUUAAAGUAUUUUGUGUUGGAGAAAAAAAAAAAAGGAUAAUUUUUAAUCAAAAACAGGGACUUUAUUUAAUAGAGUUGUGUAUAAAUAGAUAUUUAUAUCAGAGAAAGAGGGAAACGUGAUUUACGUACCGGGUGCAGGGAGUGUGGGGGUGGGGGUUACAGCAUUUGUGCGUUUUGUUUUUCUGCUUUGAGGUCCUGGGGUGUAAAUACACACACACACAGACACACACACACUAACUAACCCUGUGCUUUCGGGUUGAGCCUCGUCCAGGCCAGUUCCUCCUGAAGUUGCAGGCUCCCCCGUCCGUCUAGGCCUCCAGUGUUUGGAGUCUACACUUGGUGGCGCCAGAUCCUAAAAGCUCCUCCCGGCACAGACACACACACACACACACACACACACAGCAACACCACCGUCUUAGUUGUACGUGUUUAAAUGUGUUGUUUGGUGUGAAGCAUGACUCGUCUGAUCUAACGGCCUGAACUGUUUCCGCACCGACACUUAGAGACUCGAUGCUGUUGUGUUUGCUCGUCCGAGGGAGCGAACCUUUCUGCAACUUCAGGUUCCGCUCGUCCACCCCCCACCCGUCUGCUUCCAUCAUUCCCGCCUCUCGCACUCGCCACGUGUCACCCCUGUGACCUUCACCCUCCGGUUGUCCUGUGUGACGACGACGAGGACGAUGUCCCCCUCAUGCCUGUCUCUAGUUUGGAUUGUGUUUCUUAAAGUGUGUAUGUCGUCCGUCUUGGCUCGCUGUUCUUCUGUGUGAAGUACGAUAUUAAAAGCAUGUUGAGGGCGUAAAGGGAAAGAGGGCUGCGUCGGCUCGAGGGUCCUGGGACCUUCGCUCAUGGCAAUCAGUGGAUUCGGUCCCUUGUCAGUUUCUGUUGUAAAUGUGGUAGUUGUUAGUGUUUGGAUGUUGAUAUUUUUGAUCACUUGUUUUAGCUACAACGAUAAAAGAAUUCGGGGGUUGAAGCGAAGGGAGGCCAAGAUCAACACAACCCCUUUUUUUGUGUUGAUGCUGAAUCCUCGGGGCAGAAACACUUAUUAUCCUAUUGAGACACAUCAUUACAAAAGCACAUGAGAGCAGAGAUUCUCGCUUUAAGGACAGAACACGUGUCAGUGGUUCAGUUGUUUUCCUUUCACCGUGUCGUAGAAACUUUGUGAGCGUGUGACUUUGUGCCUGCCGUCUGUCCCGUCUCCAUGGUAACUCGUGCACCGGGGUUGGGCUGAUGCUCACAAACCACCACGAUGCUCCACUUCACCACAUAUCACGUCUGUGCGUGUGCACUGACGCAGUCCAGCAGGUUUUUAACGCUGUCGUGAAUCGUGUGUCUGUGGCACCGUCCUGCUGUAACUGCUCUCUGAGUGUUGUGACAUAUCUGACAUGCCAUGAAAACUGUGCAACCCCCCCCCCCCUCCCCACUCACCAACACUUUUUGCAUCAUGACAACAAAGCGUUUUUAAAAUCAGUACUGAGACGAUGUGAUGUUUUUUUAUGGCUCUUAGUGGUUCUGUCUGUGCUGUGGGCUCUGGGCCUGUUGUCUGUUGAUGCCACUGACAUGAUGCUUUUCUUUUCAUUGUGUGUGUGUGUGUGUUGUCGCGCAGUCGUGGGAAUGUUUAGAUUACAGAGUAAGAUGCAGUUUAACUUCACCCGUUAUCUAAAACUGGCCGAAUCAUGAGUUUGCCAAAGUAUCUGGAUGGUUUUAUCAAGUUUUUUGAACAAUAUGAAGACGUUAAAAGUAUAAAUAUGUUAUCGCAGCAAGAAAGACACAGAUGUGCUUGAUAAUUUACCAUUAUUAAUCUUAUUAACUACAUUUUUCCUGAGAAGUCAAUUUCAAUCUGAAGAUUUGGCAUCUGGUCAAUUAAUAAAAUCUUGAAAUAUGGUGUAAUAAAACAUUUUAAACUUAAGAUUGAAAAAUGACCCAUGUAAUAUGAGUGACUUGCAGGGUUUUUGUAUAAUAUUUAAUCUCUAAUCAUCUAAUUUACAGUUUUGGACAUUUCAUCUGAAUUUUUGUACCCUGAAAAAACCUUAAUUAGGUAAUUGUCUGAAUAAACUCCUUGUUUCAGCUGCUGAGAUUUAUUGCAAUGUCAAAAUUAUAAUUAUUUUCUACUUUAUAGUAAAUGAGACCAGAUCUAAACUUUACACAGAAAAACUUUGGGCUAAUGGCACCAACAAGAGAAAGUUUAUUCACCGCAGCUGAAGCAGCUUCUCCUCUGUUGUCUUUCUUCAUAUAAACUUUACUUUCAAACAUGCAAAAGUUUAAACCAACUGAGUUCAGAUACUUUGGCAAAUAUGUAAUAAAUGUCAGAUUAAAACCGUACGUGACUGAAGUGAGGGAAACAAAAAGAUUCUUGGAAAAAGCUCAAAACAAAUGUCGAAAAAGGGAAACGUGAAACCACCACGAUCUUCAGCAGCCACACUAUAUAUGCAUUUUUACAAAUGGAAGAAGUAUGCAUGUCUACUUUCUGGUCAUUUUUUUCACUGUUUACUUGAUAGAGAAAUGAAAAUCUAUGUUACUUGCAUCCUCGAGGUUAUGAAAUGGGUCCGUCUGAGGUUUUGAAAUCCAGCGAUGUUAUCUCACAUUAAAAUGCAUAAAGAUUAGAGAAGCCUUAGCUCGUAAACCCUAAUCCUCUGUCAGUACGUUUAUUGCAUUGUAACCUGAUACUAAAGAGGCUGCAUACGUCUAUACUCUGAGUUUCAAUUGGAUGCUGGAUUUUUUUGCAUGACCAAACAGUUAAUAAAAGUCAUACGUUUAAAACUA